AUGAAUCACCCCGAAAACCGACGAGAAGACGAUUCUGAAUAUGAAUACGACGACACUGAGACAGAGACCUUCUUCGUGGAUAUUGAUCUCUCCUCCUUGAACGCUAACAUCAAGUCCAACCUCCCCGUACCUCCCAAGCCUGUGCCACCGGCCAAGCGAAAAAUAUCCAAUCCUGACCCUGACACGCCUGCUGGUCCGGAUGAGCCCGGUCCUGAUGCUGCUGUAGAAUCCGGCGCAGAAGACGCGCAGGGCUUGACGCAGAAACAACCACACGACACACCUCCCCGGAAUGGAGAAGACGAUGAGAAUGCACACCUGCCCGCUCCGUCACGUGUGCAGAUUCUCGAUCUAGACACGGUCAACCCUAUCAUCUCCUAUCGAGGUCAGGUGUAUAGCUGCAUGUGGACCGAUAUGGUCGGUACAAACAUGUUCUUCACUCAUCCGGGGGUGUUGGAUGCUGCCGAGGUUCUCCAAUCAACAGACGACUACGACCUGAUCAGCAUGUCUCGCAUUAAGCUGGUCAGCCAGGCUGCCAAAAUGUUGAAGAAGGAGAAGCCCACGAAAGAAGCGGGGAUUGAUGAUCAGAUUACCAAUGACCAGGCGGGUGGGAGUAACGAGACUCCUGAAGCUCGAAGUGCCGAAGACCAGAUGAGAAAACAGGCCUCGUUCCUGGAAAAGCUGACGGAAAUCAAACGACAGCGCGGUGAAACCGAUGCUGUUCGCACAUUCGUGGAUGAAAGGACGGCAUCGGUUGACCUGGCACUGGUACAUGAAUCACAUCGUGACGAAAUCCAAGACUUGAAUGCGAAAGUGGUUGGGGGAGAUGCAGACGCUCUCGCGAGGUUGCAAGAAAUCUAUUCUCAAUCUGAUGGCAGGCCCACUCAGAUACGAGAGUCUUCUGAGAGACCUCCAGAGGCCCACAAUGAGGCCAAUAUAACUAUGUAA